AUGGCGUUUCAUAAAUUAGUAAAACCAAAACAAAUCAUAAAUUAUUUCUAUGGAAAACAUAAUCUAUUACAAGUAUUAUCACAUAGAAGUAACUUACCAAAAUUUAAACAGAAUCUACAAUAUUAUUGUAGUAAAGUAGAUUCAGUGACACCGGAGGUUUGCAAUGUAGGUACAAUAGGGCAUGUAGAUCAUGGUAAAACAACACUAACAGCCGCUAUAACAAAAUAUUUAUCAGAAAAACGUAAAAAUUGUAAAUAUAUAUCUUAUGAUGAAAUUGACAAAGCACCUGAGGAGAAGGCACGUGGCAUCACUAUAAAUAUUGCACAUGUUGGAUAUACCACAGAGAAGAGACAUUAUGCUCAUACAGAUUGUCCAGGCCAUGCCGAUUUCAUUAAAAAUAUGAUUAGUGGAGCAUCACAGAUGGAUGGUGCAAUUGUAGUAGUUGCUGCUGAUGAUGGUCCUAUGCCACAAACGAAGGAACAUCUAUUAUUGGUCCAACAGAUCGGAAUUAAACACCUUGUUGUAUAUAUAAAUAAGGUUGACAAAGCAGAUGAGGAAAUCGCUGAACUUGUAGAAAUCGAAAUGAGGGAAUUACUGUCUGAAUAUAAAUUUGAUAGUAUAGAAACUCCAAUCGUUUGUGGUUCAGCUUUGUGUGCUUUGAAUGGAGAUACAUCAAAGCAUGGUCUUCCUUCUAUACAGGUGUUACUGGAUGCUUUGGAUAAGCAUAUUCCAACUCCAACAAGAGAUUAUGUUUCUCCUUUUGUAAUGCCAAUUGAUAAUGUGUUCAAUGUACCAGGUAGAGGUACAGUAGUGGUAGGAACAUUGAAACAGGGAACUGUAAAGAAGGGUGUAACAGCAGAUUUAUUGGGUUUUGAUACACAGAUUAAGACACGUAUUUCAGACAUGCAGAUUUUCCAGAACAGCGUGCCAGAAGUACACGCUGGUGAAAACGUUGGUCUCUUAUUAAGGGGUGUUAAAUUAAAUUCUGUGCGUAGAGGAAUGAUGGUAUGUCAAAGCAACAGUUUAGAUAUUACUAAUCAUUUUGAAGCACAGUUCUACUUAUUGUCUACAAAAGAAGGUGGACGCCGGACACCGAUGGCGGCAAACGGAUUCUGCACGAUGAUUUAUAGCUCAACAUGGAAUAUAUAUUGCCGCUUUGAUUUGUUACUACAACCAGGAGUUAGUAUGUUAAUGCCAGGAGAAUUUACAACCGCCAGAAUAACAUUAUUAAGUAAAAUGCCAAUAAUGGAAGGUCAAAAUUUUACUAUACGUGAAAACAACAAGAGUACGAUCGGUACGGGACAGAUUACGAAAGUGUUUGCUGCAAUACCAGUUAAUAAAAAGAAAAUGAACGAGGUCAAAUUUCAUGUGUAAAACCAAUAAGAUCUGUAUAGGAGAAUUUUAGUCCUCGCAAACUCGGUUUAAACUUUCAAAUGUAUGAACUGUUUUAUAAU